CAAGGGGACUUUGGGCAGGAGUUUCAAUACACCGAGUGAAGAGAACAUCACAACAUGCUCUCAGUAGCGCUCCUCUCAUCUUUCUGUAUUUUCUUUGGAUCAUGCCAGCAGUUAUCUGGAAGAGGAGAUGUCGGACCACAGUUACUUACGGAGAUGAAAGAAACAAAUUCAGUGCUAAAAGAGGUUCGAGAGCUUCUGAAACGACAGAUUGAAGAAAUAACAUUUCUGAAAAACACAGUCAUGGAAUGCGAUGCUUGUGGUCUGCAUGGUUCUACAGGCCAACAUUUCAGUGGGCCGGGAAUUACUGUAACAACUUUCGGAAACAAAUGCAACCCAAAUCCAUGCUUCUCUGGCGUGACAUGCAUAGAGACAAGCACUGGUUUUCAGUGUGGGUCUUGCCCAGCAGGCUUUUCGGGAAAUGGAACUCACUGCAUUGACAUUAAUGAGUGCACAGUGAACCCAUGUUUUCCCAAAGUACGCUGCGUCAACACCGCUCCUGGCUUCCACUGUGAUCCUUGCCCUAUUGGUUAUAUAGGGAAGAGGGUAGAGGGCAUUGGGAAGGAUUAUGCAAGAGCUAAUAAGCAGAUGUGUGACGAUUUAAAUGAAUGUGGGAGUGGAAACAACCCCUGUCCUGCCAACUCUUUGUGCACCAAUACCAAGGGUUCCUACAAAUGUACCCCCUGCAAGGCUGGGCAAGGUGGAGCCUGCAAAAGUGAAAAAAGGUGCCCCAAUGGAGAGAUAAGCAAGUGUCAUGAAAAUGCGGACUGCAUUAUGGAACGGGAUGCUACAAUAGUAUGCGUGUGCGCAGUUGGGUGGGCGGGAACUGGAUUAUUGUGUGCAAAGGACACCGACAUUGAUGGAUUUCCUGAUGAAAAGCUGAGGUGUAGUGACGUUAAAUGUAAAAAGGACAACUGCGUUACAGUCCCCAAUUCUGGUCAGGAAGAUGCAGACAGAGAUGGUAUUGGAGAUGCUUGUGAUGAUGAUGCGGACGGAGAUGGGAUUCCUAAUAUGCAGGAUAACUGUGUUUACGUACCUAAUGUGGACCAGAGAAAUGUUGACCAGGAUGACUUUGGGGAUGCUUGCGAUAACUGUCGUAAUGUUAAGAAUGAUCAGACGGACACAGACCAGGACGGAAAAGGAGAUGUCUGUGACGAUGAUAUGGAUGGAGACAAAAUUAAAAAUGCAGUAGAUAAUUGUAAGAAAGUUCCCAAUUUUGACCAGAAAGACUCUGAUGGGGAUGGUGUAGGAGAUGUUUGUGACAGUUGUCCAACAAUCAGGAACCCAGACCAAUCAGAUGCUGAUGAUGAUCUAGUUGGUGACCUCUGUGAUACCAACCAAGAUAGUGAUGGUGAUGGUCACCAAGACACAAGUGACAACUGCCCUUCAGUAAUCAACAGUGACCAAGUAGAUAGUGACAAGGAUGGAGAUGGAGACGAGUGUGAUGAGGAUGAUGAUAAUGAUGGUAUUCCAGAUACUGCCCCCCCUGGGCCUGAUAACUGCAGAAUUGUACCUAAUCCUGACCAGGCUGAUUCUGAUGGCAAUGGUGUUGGAAAUGCUUGUGAAGGGGAUUUUGACAAAGAUUUAAUUGUCGACAAGGUUGACGUUUGUCCAGAAAAUGCUGAAAUCACUCUGACAGAUUUUAGGGCCUACCAGACUGUUGUUUUAGAUCCUGAAGGUGAUGCCCAAAUUGAUCCAAACUGGAUUGUUUUAAAUGAGGGAAUGGAAAUUGUACAGACAAUGAAUAGUGACCCUGGACUUGCUGUGGGUUAUACUGCAUUCAAUGGAGUGGACUUUGAAGGAACAUUUCACGUUAACACAGAAACGGAUGAUGAUUACGCUGGGUUUAUCUUUGGCUAUCAGGACAGUUCUAGCUUCUACGCUGUCAUGUGGAAACAGAUGGAGCAAACCUAUUGGCAGGCCAAUCCAUUCCGAGCAGUGGCUGAACCUGGGAUUCAGCUAAAGGCAGUUAAAUCAACCACAGGACCAGGGGAACACCUAAGAAAUUCGUUGUGGCACACUGGUGAUACUGUCAACCAAGUCAAGCUGCUGUGGAAAGAUCCCAGGAAUGUGGGCUGGAAAGAUAAGACCUCAUAUCGUUGGUUCUUGCAGCACAGACCUUCAGUAGGGUACAUUAGGGUGAAAUUCUUCGAAGGUCCUGAAAUAGUUGCAGAUUCGGGAGUUGUCCUGGACACCACAAUGAGGGGAGGGCGCUUAGGAGUCUUUUGUUUCUCCCAGGAGAACAUAAUUUGGUCAAACUUGCGAUAUCGCUGUAACGAUACCAUCCCCAAUGAUUAUGAGACAUUUAAAGAACAGCUCAAGAAACUUUAAUUAUCCAACAAUCACUUUCAGAUUUAUACCCAAUCUAUGAUAGUAAACGUGGGUAAAUGGUUUUAUUUUCAUCAGUUGAUAUCGCAUUCCUCCUUCAACAAGAUUGCAAGCACCUACACUCAAGGAACCAUCAAAGCUAAAAAGGACAUUGAAUGUGGAUAAUCUCAGUUCUUUUACGUGGCAUGCCACACCCUUUUGGCACACCAUAUUAAAGGUGCUGACUAUUGCAAAGAAGUCUUCAGGUAACGCUCCCUCUUUAGCCUACCAUCUGCACAUGGAACACAUUUUGUUAGAUAUCUAUGGAUCAAACUGUUACAUCUUAAUGAGGCAGAAUAUUACACCCCUUCCUCGUGAAGGUUUAUGAAUAGUUACAAC